GAAGCGGGUGGGUCCAAAAACCUGGGUCUGCGGGUCCAGAAGAAAAUGUUGGGCAAGAUGACGUCCAAGAAGAUUGCCAAGGUCUUCAUUGAUGACACCAUGGGUGAACUCCUGGACAACGUGUACAAGCUCUGCAAGGAUUACAAACAGAACAAGAAAGACGCUGAGAAGCUCAUCAAGAAUAUCAUCAAGAUUACUGUCAAAAUAGGUAUCCUCUACCGCAAUGACCAGUUCAACGAAGAGGAGAUAAAAAUUGCAGAGGCCUUUAGGAAAAAGUUCCGGACCAUGAUUAUGACCUUUGUCAGCUUCUGCGAAGUGGACUUCACAUUUGAUAAAAACUUUAUGGUAGGAGCACUCGAUGACUGCUCAGUUCUUUUGACCAAACUUGUGGCAAGGCAUCUCACAGAUAAGUCACAAGGCAGAAUAGACUAUGUAUUUGGGUUCUUCCAGGAUGGUGCUUUCAUGGACUCGCUUUUUGACCCAAACAGUCCUCUAAAACCUCACCUUACGGACAUUGUUGGAGGACUUAACAAAUUAUUAGAAGAAGGAAGCAUUUAACCCUUCAUCAUGGCCUUCUAUCUUCCAAAGUCUUUUUUAUUACAUUUCAUAGAUUUUAUUAAACUUGUAUCAUAAAUGAAGCAGAAACGUGCAAAUAAUUGACAGUGGAAGCUCAAAGUGACUCAACUCAUAUCUGUAAUUGUUUUGUUUAUUUAUGUUGUCUUGGGAACCACCGCAAUCUUCUGUAGACUGAUGCAAUUUACAGUGCUUAUGGAAGCACUAAAUGUGAACAUUCUGCUAUAAGGUCAUCGGUGUGCUCUGUAGGACAAAAUCAUGGUUGGUUAUCCUGAUCUUUCAGCAGUUGUAAAUAAUUAUUUGCCUUAUUCAUAAAGCAUAGAUGAAAGAAAUUUUUCUUCUUUCAUUUCACAUCCAUAUUUGGUAAGCUUCAAUUUACCAGGGAAAGGUUUAGCAUGAGAUCUUUGUUGAAAAUCUACCUUGAGGUCCAAGCAGCUCUGGAUUAGUUGUCUCGCUAGAAUGAUCUGAACGGUACCUGUAGAUCGGUCAAGUUAGAAACUUUGAUGCUGCUUCUGAUGGAUAGUCACAUUCCCGAAGAAGCUGAAGCAAAUCUCGUUGCUGAAGAAUCCAUGUAUGAUGGUGCAUGCAUUUGAAAAGAUGGAGGAAGGUCUCUGGUGAUCUUAUCUGGUUGCCUGUUGGAUGUUCCGCAGAAUGAUCUGGUACAGAUGGCAUCAUGGAGAUCAUUGAGUCAAAAUGCAUGUGGCAGUUCUCAAAGGAAACAUCAACCUUUCUGGUGCCUGUGCUUGCACAGAUGGAGGAAAAGCCAUAGCAAAGAUAUUCAACAGGAUUGUCUAGAGAAGAUUGGUCGUGAAGAUCAUCAGGUCAGAGCGCACGUUGUGGUAAUUCUCAAAGGAUACUGUACAUCAUUCUUUCUGAUGCCUGGUGCUUUUGCUUCAACAGAUGGGGAAGUGGCAUUAUUAUGAAGUUGUUCAGCAGGAUUGUCUUGUGGAUAUGGCAUCAUAGAAUUCAUCCAGUUUAAGCAGAAAAGCUCUAAUUUCACACCCUUUAAGAUAGAUCUUGAGGUAAUGGUACGUGAAAGGGUAUGUGAAUUGGUGAGUAUUGCCCAUGGGGGGUAUGUAAUCACUGAUGAAUACUGUAAGUUUCAUAAUUAUACCAUCAAUCUUUUUUUAAUAGUUUGUUAUUGAGAGACCAGUAAAUUACCAGUUAGCGAUCCUUGACUGACUCUUACUCGCUGAAUGCACAGAACAAUAUUGGUUCAAUGAACCAAACGUUUGUACUAAUGAGUCGGAUAAUGCUAAAUGGUACCAUACACAUAUUAUAAGACAUUGCAGCGGAAAUCUAAACAACUCAGAAUUAUUAUUAAUGAUCAAGCAUUUGCAAACCUUUUUGUUCAGAAGCGAAGCUGGAAUGUGGAGUUUCUCUAACCAAGAGAUCGGUCACACCCUAGCGCUGCCUGCUUUCUUGUCACCUCUUUCUUGUCCAGUUAUGGCAAGAACAGCAGG